AUGGGCGUUUCGGAGCCGGGAGCGGCGCUAGUCCCGAAGCGGCAAGGCGCCUUGAGAGCCCGAACUUUUUUGCUGUUGUUGAAUAACAAGCAACCAACGCCGGAGAAUGGCGCAAAAAAAAGACUUGGAAUUCACUUUCUCCCCCUUCAGCCCCCAGCUCCGGCUGCUGUUUAUAUAGCCUCUCGCCCGCUCGCCGGCCUCGUCUGCACUCACCUCACCCCCCUCAGCACGCUCACGACGCCGCCCAGCACCGUUCACCCUCACUUCUCCCUCACGAUAUCUCCCCUCCGCUGGCUGGCAAGGCCUGUUCGACAGUGCAACUCUGCCCUCUCUGCCCGGUUCGCCCGUGGCUGUGUGAAACACCUCUGCUACCAGCCCCCUUUGCAGGCCGUACUCGCGCCCCAGCUGCUGGCCAUGAGCUCCUCUGACGACGAUGCGCCGCUUGCCGGCACCAGGAGGCCUAAUGGGAGUGCCCAGAAACAUCCUCUCUCCAGUGCCACUAUCCCCAAAUCCGCUGAUCCAGCCUCUACGAAUGGAGAAACUCAGCCUGGAAUCUCGAUCCGCUACGGUCCCAAAGACACGGAGGUAGACAUGCUGGAUGCGGAUGCCAACGGAGUCAGUUCGGCAAAACGGAAGUCCAGGGCCAGUGUUGGCCGUCCGUCCUACGCAGACGCGGAGAGCAGCGGCGAGGAUGAUAAACCAUUGAGCAAGCGUCGUCGUACCGCCCCUAAAGUAGAAUCCUCUGACUCCGACGAAGCGCCUCUGAUCUCCCAAUCUGGACGAGGGAAGAGAGCGUCCAUCAAGGCCGAGGAGUCCAAGAGACUCGUGGCCGAAAAGGCUGAUAUCGAGAAAAAGGCCGAAAAGGAGGCUCAGUCGCUGCGACAGCAGGAUCGCCAGGCUGCUGCAGCCAAGAAGAAGGAAACCGCCAAAGCAGCUGCAGCCAAACCCGCCAAAGCAAAGGCUGUUGCAAACGGCAAGAAGAGUCAAGCUAACGGUAUCAAAAAAUCUGAGUCUAGUGAUGAAGACGUUCCUCUUGCACGCAAGGCUCCAGCCAAGAAGGCCAGUGCUGCUUCCAAGGCCGCUGCUGCUUCGACGCCAGCGAAAAAGGGAAAGGCUGCCGUGAAGAAGGAGGCGAGCGAAGAGGCCGAGGAGGAGGAGGAAGAGGAGUACAGAUGGUGGGAGGACCCGUCCAAGGGCGACGGAACCAUCAAGUGGACAACUCUGGAGCACAACGGAGUCGUCUUCCCGCCACCUUAUGAUCCCCUGCCAAAGGAUGUUAAGAUGAAAUACAACGGCGUUCCCAUCACACUCGACCCUGAGGCUGAAGAAGUCGCUUCCCACUUUGGCUCGAUGCUCAACUCUACCCACAACGUCGAAAACCCAGUCUUCCAGAAGAACUUCUUCAACGACUUCCAGGCCUAUAUCAAGAAGACGGGUGGUGCAAAGGACCCCCAGGGAAAGCCGGUACAGGUCAAAGAGUUCGCCAAGUGUGAUUUCACGCCAAUCUUUGAGCAUCACGAGAAGCUGCGUGCAGAGAAGAAGGCCAUGACUUCUGCUGAGAAGAAGGCAGCCAAGGCUGAAAAGGACGCCGCAGAGGCCCCGUACAUGUACUGCACUUGGGAUGGAAGGAAGCAAAAAGUUGGCAACUUCCGUGUCGAACCCCCUGCUCUUUUCCGUGGCCGUGGAGAGCAUCCAAAGACCGGCACGGUGAAGACCCGUGUCCAGCCUGAGCAAAUCACUAUAAACAUCGGCAAGGACGCACCUGUUCCAACACCACCCGAGGGUCAUCGUUGGAAGGAAGUUAGACAUGAUCAGGAGGGCACAUGGCUGGCCAUGUGGCAGGAGAAUGUCAACGGAAACUACAAGUACGUGAUGCUGGCUGCCAACUCGGAUGUCAAGGGCCAAAGUGACUACAAAAAGUUUGAGAAAGCUCGAGAGCUCAAGAAACACAUUGAUCGAAUCCGCAAAGAUUACAAAAAGGGACUCAAGGAUGAACUCAUGGUUAACCGGCAGAGGGCUACAGCUGUCUACCUCAUCGAUCAAUUUGCCCUCCGUGCUGGAAACGAGAAAGGCGAAGAUGAGGCCGACACUGUUGGCUGCUGCUCUCUCAAGUUCGAACAUAUCACGUUGAAACCACCAAAUACCGUCGUUUUUGACUUCCUCGGAAAAGAUAGUAUCAGGUAUUACGAUGAGGUUGAGGUUGACCCUCAGGUGUUCAAGAAUCUCAAGAUAUUCAAAAAGGCUCCAAAGAAGGAUGGUGAUGAAAUAUUUGAUCGACUCACAACAUCCGCUCUCAACAAGCAUCUAUCAAGCUACAUGACGGGACUUACAGCCAAGGUUUUCCGAACUUACAACGCUUCGUACACCAUGGCAACACUGCUGAAGAAAAUGGCCGCCACCGGAACAAUUCCAGAGAAGGUAAAGCAGUAUAACGACGCAAACCGCGAAGUUGCCAUCCUGUGUAACCAUAAACGUACUGUUGCGGCAGGCCACGCCAACCAGAUGGAGAAACUUGGUGAUCGGAUCAAAGGACUGCAGUACCAGAAAUGGCGACUCAAACAGAUGAUGCUCGACAUCGACCCCAAGAUCAAAAAGAAGAAGGGUGCCGCUUACUUCGAACUAGGCGACGAUCUAGAUAUGGAGUGGAUCAAGGAACACCAAGACUACCUCGUGGAGGAACAACGCCAGAAGAUCAGGAAGAAGUUCGAGAAAGAGAACGAAAAGCGAGUUGCUGAUGGAGAGAAGGAAAUGAAAGCCAAAGAGCUGGAUGAACGUCUCAAGGCCGCCGAUGAGCUAGACGCAAAAUACAAGAAAGAAAACAAGACUAAGAAGGUGGAAGCUGAGGGCCGGGGUCCUACAGUCGAGAAGUUCGAAGGCCAAAUCAGCAAAAUCGAGCAGCGGAUUGAGAAUAUGCUGCUCCAGGUCGAAGACAAGGAGAAUAACAAGGAAGUCGCCCUUGGCACGUCGAAGCUUAACUAUAUAGAUCCCCGCCUAACCGUGGUUUUCUCCAAGAAGUUCAACGUCCCGAUCGAGAAAUUCUUCUCGAAGACGAUGCGCGAGAAAUUUGAUUGGGCAAUCAAAUCUGUUGAUGAGGAUUGGGAAUUUUGA